UGUAUGGAGGUUUAAUGGGAGCAGAAGGGAAUAUCCAUAGAGGACAUUAAAAGGAGGAGAAGAAGAAGAGCAGCAGAGGAGGAGAAAGUUAUUUUCCUAACGGGACAGGAGGAGCACUGGACUGAGCAGCAGGAAUGUUGCCGGUGAUCCUGACAGUUUACCUCAAUGACACCCAACAGAUGUUGACAGAGGUCCCAGUAACCCCGGCAACCAGAGUGGUUGAUGUGGUGGAAUACUGUAAAGAGGCCGGCGAAGGGGAGUGUCACCUCGCUGAAGUGUGGAAAGGACAUGAGCGAGUUCUCCCCCAGGAGUUGUUAUUGUUGGACCUCCUUCAGCAGUGGGGAGCCAGGAGGCCGGAGGUCAGCUUCUACCUCAGACACUGCCCCCCCUGGACACAAGGAAGUCAGCAGCCUUUGGAGCAGAGUUGGACCACAGAUGCAACGGAGAGCGCUAAUGACAGGGUUCCCCGUGUGGAGCUGACCCUAUCUGAGCUCCAGGAAAUGGCCACAAGACAACAGCAACAAAUAGAGGCUCAGCAACAGAUGUUGGUCGCCAAGGAGCAGAGACUGAAGUAUCUUCAGCAGGGAGGCAGAUCUAACCAGGGACAAACACAGUCUGAAGCUGAGAAGCUGCAGCGGCUGAAAGAGCGAGUGGAUACCCAGGAGGCGAAGCUAAAGAAGAUCAGAGCCAUGAGAGGACAAGUCGACUACAGUAAACUGAUCAACGGAAACCUGUCUGCAGAGAUUGACCAUGUUAGCAGCCUGUUUCAGGAGAAGCAGGCAGAGCUGCAGUCUGCUGUGGUCAGAGUGGACCAGUUGACUCAACAGUUGGAAGAUCUAAGGAGAGGACGACUUCAACUGCAUUCUGUAGCACCACAUCAUGGGGCACACAUGGGACACCAUGGCACAAACACUGGCCAGAAAGGAUCACCCCUGUCUGGCCCUGCAGCCCUGGAACUGAGGAAGCUCUACCAGGAGCUGCAGGCUCGUAACCGUCACAACCUGGAGCAGAGCAGCAAGUUAGCGCAGAACAAGGAGCUGCUGAACAAGAGGAACACCCAGGUCACAGUGAUGGAUCAACGCAUCGGAGACUUGAGAGAACGACUGCAUAAGAAGAGAGCUGAGUUGAGUCGUAUGAAUGGAGGCAUCCUGUCCCCCCCUCAAACCUCUUCCCAUCCUGGCGUUGGAGUUUCAGGUCGAGUUGCGGCUGUCUGCCCUUAUAUCCAGGUUCCAGCUGAGGCGAGACAGGAGGCGGGCUACCCCCUGCCAUCUGAUCCACCACCCAAACCCACCCCUCUCAGCCACAUCCGCUCCCUCUCAGCAAAUGAAGCGUCAUGGCCUAGCAUCAGUAAGACUGUGCCCGAUUGGAAGACCAACAGUCCAGAACAGCAGCUUCCCUCUGGCUAUGGCACCUACCCUAGCGCCACCCACCAGGCAGCAGGGCAUCACUCUGCUACCAGUUCCCUGCCCAGAUCUGCUCCUGGUACGCUGGGCUGGCCCCGAACCAAUGCUGCCAAUGCCACCUCAUCCUCCUCCUCUUCAUCAUCAUCCUCUUCACAACAAAUACAGCAGCGCAUCGCUAUCCCUCCACAUGCUACCCAAGGCCCUGCCACCACCUCCCAGCCAUCUCCACUGUCCUCACAAACUGAGCGAACAGAUCCUCCUCCAGCGGUGGCUGUACGUCCCUAUGUCCCGGACCAUCCCUCCAGGCCUCAGUCCCCCAGGAAGGGCCCUGCGACCAUGAACAGCAGUUCCAUCUAUAGCAUGUACCUCCAGCACCCUCAGUCUAAAAACUAUGGCUCUCUCAGCAACCGGACAACUGUCAAAGCAGUCUAUGGUAAACCCAUCCUGCCCACGUCCUCCACCUCUCCGUCCCCUGUCCCUUUCCUCCAGGGAGGAGGAGGAGUAAGAGCAGGAGGAGAGGAUGUUACAGAUAAAGAUGGAGGAAAAGUAGGAGGAGGAGAUGGCAGUGAUGGGCAAGUCCUCCAUCCACCCAGCGUAGAUAACAUCCCUCGUCCCCUGAGUCCCACUAAGCUCACCCCAGUUGCCCACUCCCAGCUACGUUACCAGAGUGACGCUGACCUUGAGGUCCUUCGCCGCCGUCUCAGCAAUGCCCCACGACCUCUGAAGAAACGGAGCUCAAUCACAGAGCCUGAGGGCCCUCAGGGACCCAACAUUCAAAAAUUACUGUACCAGAGAUUCAACACGUUGGCGGGAGGCAUGGAAGUCGGUUCAGGCAACACUUUCUACCAGCCUGAAUGCAUUUUGGGCGACGUGGACAACAUCCAUUCAGCCAAUGGGAAUGUAGAACCUGGUGACAAGCAUAUCACUUUGGCAGCAGUGGAGGGCGAAGUUAAAAAUCUGAACUCAGACUCCCGCCGCUUGUCCCCUCCUUCUGUCACUGUAGAAACACCCAAUGAGACAGCACCGACAGUAGAAACUACCAAUAAAGUGUCACCAACGCCAAAACCCAGCCCACCCCCCGUACCUGAUAGGCCGGAGGACCGGAAUAAUAACAACCAGACAGGUUGUAGUCCUGCCCACAACAAUAUAAGCCGCGCCUCCCCUGCUCCAUCACCACCUGCCCCACCUACACUGCCGAAGACUAAGCGAACCAACCUGAAGAAGCCGGCAUCAGAGCGUACCGGCCACGGUCUGAGAGUCAAGUUUAACCCUCUAGCUCUGCUGCUGGACGCAUCAUUAGAGGGAGAGUUUGAUCUGGUGCAGAGAAUUAUAUACGAGGUGGAAAAUCCCAGUAUGCCCAAUGAUGAAGGUAUAACUCCUCUCCAUAACGCUGUUUGCGCUGGCCAUCACCACAUUGUGAAGUUCCUGCUGGAUUUUGGAGUGAAUGUAAACGCAGCAGACAGCGACGGAUGGACUCCUCUGCACUGUGCGGCUUCCUGUAACAGCGUCCACCUCUGUAAGAUGCUGGUGGAGUCGGGGGCGGCCAUUUUUGCCACAACAAUUAGCGACGUUGAAACGGCGGCAGACAAAUGUGAAGAAAUGGAGGAGGGCUAUACGCAGUGUUCUCAGUUCCUCUAUGGUGUACAGGAGAAGUUGGGAGUGAUGAACAAAGGCUUGGUCUACACUCUCUGGAAUUACACUGCCCAGCAGGCUGAUGAGCUAUCCUUCAGCGAGGGCGACGCCCUCACCGUGCUUCGUCGCCGUGACGACACUGAGACGGAUUGGUGGUGGGCGAGACUUAAUGACCGCGAGGGAUACGUCCCCCGAAACCUGCUGGGGCUGUAUCCAAGGAUCAAACCCAGACAGCGCUCACUGGCAUAAAGCCCAGAUCAGUAGCAGCCAACGUGCACGCUCACAGAGGCCGCAUGCACGCUGAGAAGAAGAAGAAGAAGAAGAGCAGCAGCAGCGUGUGGGCGCAGACAUUAGGCCAGAAAGAAAAAGAAGAAAGAAGUGACAGAGGAGCAGGAGGAGGAACACGAAGAUGAAACCUGCACCUCUGAAGCAACUUUUUGUUUAGUUUUUUGGUUUGUUCGGAUGUAACGCUGGAGCCACACAGCCAAAUAUAUUUCCACGUAGUUGUUGCAGAAAUUUAAAAAAAAAAAAAAAAAAAAAAAAAGAAAUCGCCAGAAUCUUAUUUUGAGCAAAAGUACAGUAGCUUUACAACUUUAAAGUGCAGCCGCAUGAUAGACACCGAAUACAAUAAAUAAAACAUCAAAUUCAUCAUUUGGAUGCAGCUUCAAGUUCCACCUCAGUUCAUCCAGCUCUGAACAUUAAAACAUGAGCUUUGAAUUAUAGGGCUCGAGCGACUACUCAUCCAAAUAUUCUUGACCUUUGAAUGUCACUUUAUAUUUUUAUGGUGUUAAUCUUGUAAAAAAAAAAGAGAAAAAACACAAAACACCCAG